CAAUGAUAGAUUUUAUCCUAUUUCAGAUGUUUUGAAGAGAUAUUCUUUUUUGGGAGAGGCAGUAGGUGGAACACUUCAUAAUGGAAGACGAGUUUCUUGCACUGACUUGGAACAACCAUCUCUCAACUUUUGCAUCAUUGUUGGUGGACUUGCAGAAUGAGGAAACUUAUUCUGAUGUGACAAUCGCUUGUGGGGGUAAGCUGUAUCCUGCCCAUAAAUUUGUAUUAUCAGCAUGCAGUGAAUAUUUGCGCACAAUGUUGUAUGCUCAUCCGAAUAAGCAUCCAAUCUUAUACCUUAAGGAUGUACCCAGAGAAGAUCUAGAAGCUAUCCUUGAAUUCAUGUAUUGUGGAACAGUGAGGGUUUCACAGUCAUGUUUGGCUUCUUUACUGCACACAGCUGAGGGACUCCAAGUGAAAGGCUUGAUUAUUUCUGAUCAGUUUAAAGGGCACUCAAACAAAUUGUUUCCUGUUCCCCACAAGAGAAAGUUACUUGAAGAGAGUAAGAAUACCUUGGCAAACAUGUUUUUCAGAAAAAUACAAGAAAAGCAGUGCAGAAGACUGCCCCUGUCCCUCCUAUACUGAUAAAGCAAAACCCUGCUAAAGCUACGGGAUCACAAAUAAAUUCAUGCUUGAAGGAAGCUCAUAGAAGUGUCACAAAAAUGAUCUCCAAGUCUCCAGAAAAGGAACAAAAUGAUGAUGAGGACGAUGACGAUGAUGAGAGUUGUAUUAUAGAAGAUGUGCCAUGCAAGAGUCAACAGAUAAACAGUUAUUCCCCCAUCAAAGAAAGAACUCAUAUAGAAUGGAAGAGUAAGAAAUAUAUGAAGAUUGAAUCAGAUGCUCACAAUAAAAGUAAUGAUGCAAUAGAAGAUAUUGACAUGGAAGACAGCUCUGAGGCUUUGCCUUGCACAAAACCAAUUGGGGAUAACCAGAAAGAGGCUUCUGUGCAGGGUCAG